UCUCUACAUCUUUGCCUAGAAAUCUGAAGCAUGGAAGAGAAAGCGAUUCGGGUUUUGGGUUUGCAAUUUUUUGAAAAUUGGGAACUCGAUAAUUAGUUCAUGAAUUCAUCAGAAAAGGCAGAAUUUUCAACCGCACAGUUUUAGUCUUUCUCAAACCCUGAGUUAGCAGUUAAAUAUUUUUUUUUUCCAAUUUUUCUUUUUCAUUUUUGGUGUCUGAUUUGACAAGGAGCUGCCAGCAUUUAUGCAUUUAGCUUGGGAAGUUUUAUUUGAUUAGCCUAUUGUAUACUUCAAACUUUCUCAUAUUUGGUUUCUUUGGAAUAUUCUGAAUUUUAAUGUAAUUUUUGUACAUUUUUAUGUAUAUGUUUAUGUGUUAACACACUGGUGGUUAACUGUUGAAAUUUUAGUUACACUUUCUCUGAAAUACCUACUUUUGUUGUACUAUGAAUAACAGGUUAAAUGCACACUUAAUGAGUGGAAUCUAAAGCUUUGUUUAUGUCAUUGAAGUUGGUUUAAUCUGACUAAAGAUUAAAUAUUCUGGCGAGUUUUGACAGCGAUUAUUUCAAUAGUGAAUAUUCUGAUUAUUUUUGCUAUAGUCGAUAAAUAGGUGAGGAUUCUUGAUUAUUGCCAAUGGCUUCAUUAUCAUGUCAGUUUACACUUGAGGAUGAAAUGUUUCUUCCUUGUAAUGAAGUUCCAUGGACCCUGGCGUGGGUGUUGGGGUGAGCAGUGCUUUUGAGGAUGGUAUCAGAGAGAAAGAUGGCCCUAACCCACGAGUGGAUGCUGAUGCAGAACAGACCAGUGAGGCUCCAAACUUUUCCUGUGAUGCUGAGGUGGCCUUUGUCCAGGUAGAUGCGUCUCUUAGUCAGGAAGCUUCCUCUGCUGACAAAGAUGGAAUGGACAUAGACAGUGAGAGCACGUAUAGCUGCCUCAAUGGUUCAUCCGAUGAAAACAGUGUUGAUAGUGAUGGUGAAAAUGGCUACACUAGCCAAGAUGGUUCAUCGAUUGAUCAUCAUAGUUUAAACAAGGAUACUGAAAAUGGGUGUCAGAGCCCGAAGACAUUCAGUGGUAGUGGCAAUAAUGGGCCCAAUAUUGUGGGUAAGCAAAAUGAUCAGAGUCCUGGUUUAUCCUCUGACAAUCAGCUGGGAAUGGAUGCUGAUGAUAAGCAUGUGUCUCAGACCACUGAAGCCCCUUCUAGUGCCUCAUCUGGAUCUGGUCAAGUUAUAAAAGAUGAAGCUGGUGAAUAUGUGGUGCCAAAGCUUGGUGUGGAAUUUGAAUCUGAGGACCAUGCAUACAAGUGUUACAACAGAUAUGCUCUCAUGGAAGGCUUCAGCAUCCGGAAAGAUUUCGUGAACAGAAGUAAGGUUACGGGUUUGGUGGUAUCAAGGAGGUAUACAUGUCACAGGCAAGGCUAUGGAUCUAUCAAGCGUGAUGUAAAUGUGAAUAAACCCCGGAAAGAAACAAGAACUGGUUGCCUGGCUCAUAUGACCAUUACGCGACAAACAAAUGGCAAAUAUCGUGUCAUCCACUUUGAAACGAGGCACAAUCAUGAGUUUGUGACACCAUUCACAGCUCAUUUAUUACCCUCACAGAAGAGAAUAUCAUUUGUUGAGGCUGUUGAGGCUGAAUCAGCUGUUACUCCAGUGCCAGAUGGGGUACCUAAGCUGGGUAUGGGGUUUGAAUCAGAAGAUCAUGCUUAUGAGUUCUAUAAUGCAUAUGCUGGGCGAGUAGGUUUCAGCGUUCGGAAGGAUUAUGUGAACAGGAGUAAAAUAGAUGGAGCUGUGGCUUCUAGGAGAUAUACUUGUUUCAGGGAAGGUUAUCGGCAGAAAGAUAAAAGAGGUUUAAAAGUGAAGAGACCUCGAAAGGAAACCAGAGUUGGGUGCAUGGCACAAUUAGUCAUAUCUCGUCAAGCUGACGGCAGAUACCGUGUCACACACUUUGAAGAACGCCACAAUCAUGAGCUUGUACCUGCAUGUAAAGUUCGCAUGUUGAGAUCACAGAAGAGGUCCGUGACAGAUCAAAUUGUAGAAUCCACUGCAUCUGGAGGUUCCAACAUGCAGCCAAAAUCACUUGCUGAGUUGUUAUUAACUGGAGUAGGAAUUCAGGACUUCAUUUAUGACCCCAUAGAUCGUGAGACAAGGCUUACAUCUAAACGUGUGUGGAACAUCAAGCCCGACGAGCCAGAAAGUAUUCACCAGUAUUUCCAGAGCAAGAAAUUGAAGGAUCCAUCAUUCUUUUAUGCUGUACAAUGUGAUGUGGACGAUGAAAUGACCAACUUCUUUUGGGCUGAUGAGAAGAUGUUGGUGGACUUUGGUGAUUUUGGUGAUGUGGUUUGCUUUGACUCAACCUCCCGUAUAAACAAAGAGUGGCGGCCUUUAGUACUGUUUCUUGGAAUAAAUAAUCAUAGGCAGAUACUGGUCUUUGGUGCUGCAUUUCUCUAUGAUGAUAGUGCUCAAUCUUUUAAGUGGCUAUUUCAAACUUUCAAAAGGGCAAUGUCUGGAAAAACACCAAAGACUAUUGUCUCUGAUAAAGAUGCUGUGAUAUCUGAAGCAAUCAUCUCUGAGUUGCCCGAAACUCACCACAGGUUAUGCACAUGGCAAAUAUAUCAGAAUGCACUUAAACAUCUUAGUCAAUUAGUUGUCAACUCGGAUUCUUUUUCCAGUGAUUUAUGUGGUUGCAUUUAUAAUCCGGAUGAGGAGGAUUUUGUCAAUUCCUGGAAAGUCCUGCUGGAUACUUACGGUCUAUGGGGAAAUGAGUGGUUGCAUGGAAUAUUUGAAGAGCGAGAGAAAUGGGCUUUACCGUAUCGCAAGCAUAUAUUUUCAGCUGAGAUAGAUACUGCACUGCUCUCUGAGGAUUCUAUUACUAGCUUGAAAAAGUACCUUAAGCCUGAAUCACACGUUCUUCAAUUCAUCAAGCACAUUGGGAAGGUGGUGAACGACUGGCGUUACAAAGAACUGGAAGCUAAUUAUGAUAUGGGUCAGCACAUGCCGAGGCUAAUGGGGGAUGUGAUAAUGCUGAAGCAGGUGAGGGAAGUGUACACACCAGUCAUUUUUAAAACAUUUCACCAAGAGUACGAAAACUGUCUAAAUAUUGUGAUCAAUCAAUGCAUUGAUACUGUGUCUUCGGUUGAGUAUAAAGUCAGUACAUAUGGUCAAGUUCGUCAAUACACGGUUUUAUACAGCUCAGAAGAUGAUUCAGUUGCCUGUAGCUGUAUGAAGUUUCAGUUUGUAGGAAUUUUGUGUAGCCAUGCACUCAAAGUGCUAGAUUAUAGGAAUAUAAAGAUAGUUCCUAGUCAAUAUAUCUUGAAGCGGUGGACCAGAGAUGCACGGGCUUAAAAUGAUUUCUCGCUUGUACUUCACAGUUGUAGAUUAGCUCAAAACGAUCCUAGGUAUGCAAUCUGGCUGCUUAACGGCCUACAACUUGAUUGUACAUUUUGUGGAGAUUAAGUGAGAUUUGAUAGAGAAUUUGAGUUCUAAUUUUGAUA